AUGGCUCAAGCGGCCUCGGAAGAGGAGUUUCAUCGGAUGCAGGCACAGCUUCUGGAGCUGAGGACCCAGAACUACCAGCAAUCGGACGACUUGAGCAAGAACACAGCUGAGCUCAACGCAUCCCGACAAAAGAACUUCUCUAAAGAAAAGGACCUAACCAAAGCUCUGAAGGAAACCAUUGAGAAGAAUUUACUGGAAAAGCAAGACGAGAUCAGAGCUCUGCAUGAAGAGCACGCUGCCCGGCUGCAGGAAAUCGAGGACACUGUGGAUGGACAGAGGAUCCUGGAGAAGAAAGACCUGAAGAGACAGCUUCAGCUGGAGAGGAAACGAGCAGACAAGCUUCAGGAGAGGCUGCAGGAAAUCCUAACCAACUUCAAAACAAAGACAGGUCUGGAGGAUCUGGUCCUGUCUGAAAUCCACUCUUCCAGCCACGCCCAGGCAGGGAACAGCAGCAGCUGCCUCUUUCAGCUACCGGGAGAUGAUGAAAGAAGGGACAGCAACACAAAGCAACAGCAAGUCGAACACAGGCAGCCCUCAAUCCAUGCGUCCUGCAGAGCUGUCCUGGGGAGCUGUUUCAGAGGCUGGCUGAAGUCCAGCAGGAGAAGUGAAUGCUGGAGAGAGGACGUGUCAGUGGCCGCUGCAGGGACCCACGGCGGCAACCAUGAUCACCCAGAGCGAGGCAUUCUGGGAACCGUCCUGCGAGAUCUGGUCAAGCCGGGCAACGAGAACCUGAGAGAGAUGAACAAGAAGCUGCAGAACAUGCUGGAGGAGCAGCUCACCAAGAACAUGCACCUGCAGAAGGAUCUUGAAAUCCUGUCUCGGGAAAUUGUCCUAUUGAGUAAGGAGUGCUCCUCGACUCACGUCAGGGACCAAUAUCAGACACGAACGGCUAGAGGCAGCCUGGACCAACCCACAGCUCCCCCCAUCUCCGCGCUCUCCCUCCCUGUUCCCACGGUUACAGAACCCCGCAGUAAAGAGGACUGUACCACUGCACUAGAGGAGAGGGGGGACUAUAGACUCUCUGAAAAUAUAGCCAGGGAUACUUCAUUCAGAGGCACACAAGGAAUUGAGCGCUUGUCGAUCAAACGGUUUCUUCUUCAAACACAUCUGAGAGCAUCAUGAGGAGGGAACGGACAACUUGAAUGACCAGAUUCAACCUGGCAGUACGUUUUAAACCCUGCUUCGUGACCCUCGUUGCAAAAGUAAGAAAGUUGGCAGGCAGGAGAGCUGCUUUUUUGUCUGCAGAGUGUUGUUCGCCUGUAUAAAGACUGAUGCAAAGACUGAAUACAAAAACUAAUACAAAGACUGAAAUAAUGCAGUCGAGAAAUGCACCAGUAUUUUUGUUUUUUUUCUCUUCAAUUUUUGUUAGAAGUUUGUUUAUUGAGGGAGUCUGUAACAGGUUCUCCAUCAGCCUGGUUCUUUAUAACAGAUCCCUUCCAUUUGUACAGCACCCUAAACCCGGGAGUCAGUGAAGCAGGAUUCAACAUGCAUCACAGUCCUGUUCUGAAAACCCUUUAUUGGGGUCUGCAGCUGAAAAGUUUUGCUCCAAUGCAGAUUUCUAUAAGGUAAGAGCUGUCAGCUUGGAGUGUGUCUAUGGUCUUACAUAGUUAGUUUACCCUCUGCCUCCCCUAUUGCCACUACCACCUGGGACCACCUGAUGAACCAGUCUUUAUCGGAUGAUAACGACAGCGUAGUAAAUCUGCACCUUUGCAUGCUGUAAUAUAUACAAGAUGCAUCUUCCUGUUGCUGGUCCGAAUUCCACCAGUCUUUAAAACAAAAUAGGAAUACAAAAUUGAGUCCGCCUGGUCUGCCCACGUCAUUGACAGUGCUAUGGCGUUUUUUUUUUUUUUUUUUUUUAAAUCCACUUAUACCCUAUUGUGCAACAGCCAAUAAACCGCUGGGGGUGCUAAACUGCUGUACUUAAUAAGAACAGGAGAAUGAAGAGGAGCAAAGAAAACUGGAAAAGUCCUGUGAGAUUCUAAAUCCGCGCACACAAACGCAGAGCUCCGAAACUGGACGAUUUCUGAGUCUUAUCAGCAAAGACAGUGGAGAAGUUUAGCAAUUCCGCAACCAGGCACACUCUCUGCAGAACACACGCGCUUCACCUGGCCAAUGAAUUGUAAUUUAAAUUGUGUGAUCUUUUUCAAAUUUAUUUUAGUACUGAGUUUCAACAGAUAAAGAAAGAAAGCAGUAUGAAAAAAAUAAAGAAUGAAAUAAAGAAAGAAAGGAAGCGCUGGGCUGCGGUGUGGACGGCAGUGGGUUUGAGGAGCUCAGUGGUUAGAUAGAGAAAGCGCUGGGCUGCAGUGUGGAUGGCAGUGGAUUUGAGGAGCUUAGUGGUUAGAUAAAGAAAGCGCUGGGCUGCAGUGGGAAGGCAGUGGGUUUGAGGAGCUCAGUGGUUAGAGAAAG